AUGACACGACCCCCUAAUAAUGACAACCUUGUGACCUUCAAAUUGGUCGUGGUUGGAGAUGGAGGUGUUGGAAAGAGCGCAAUCACCAUACAGUUCUUUCAAAGAUUAUUUGUCACUGACUAUGAUCCUACCAUUGAGGACAGUUACAUUCAACAUACAGAGAUAGACAAACAAUGGUGUAUCCUUGAUGUGUUAGAUACAGCUGGUCAAGAAGAGUUCAGUGCCAUGCGUGAACAAUACAUGCGCAAGGGUGAUGGGUUUCUAUUAGUAUACUCUGUGACUGACAAACAAUCUUACGAGAAUGUCAUGUUUUUUUACACCCAAAUACUUAGGGUAAAGGAUAAAGACGCAUGUCCUAUGCUUUUGGUAGCCAAUAAAGUUGACCUAGUGCAUUUGAGGAAGGUUACAGAGGAACAGGGAAGGGAGUUGGCUCAUCAGUUGGGUAUACCUUAUAUUGAAACCUCUGCCAAAGACCCGCCAUUAAACGUAGACGCAGCAUUCCACGAGGUAGGGGAUACAAAAGAGAUAGAAAAGAAACACGAUUAUUGUAUAAGUACAUAGUUGCAUGUGAUGGAAAGGGACAUGAAUAAUUUUGCUUUAGGUCGUUCGUAUUAUCAGAAAUCAACCUCCAGUCAAAUUGGAAAAAAAUCGGAGGAAACGAAGACGCUCGGGCAAGUGUAA